AUGACCGAACCUACUUCGAUGACCACGGUGCUGCUGAAGCUGGCAGCCACCGCCUUCUUCGUCGGCCUGAACGGUUUUUUCGUAGCGGCGGAGUUCGCGCUGGUCAAAAUCCGUGGCAGCCGCAUCGAAGCGCUGGCCAAGCAGGGCAAGAGCUCGGCGGUGACGGUGCAGCGGAUCCUCAAGGAUCUAAACCUCUACCUGUCCGCCUGUCAGCUGGGCAUCACCAUCGCCAGCCUGAUCCUCGGCUGGCUGGCCGAGCCGGCGGUUGCGGCGCUGUUGCAACUUGCCGCGGAGGGCCUUGGCUUCGAGGUGCAGGAGAGUGCCAGCUUCCACCUCUUCGCCCUGGUGGUAGCACUGACCAUCAUUACGAUCUUGCACGUCACCAUCGGCGAGCAGGUGCCGAAGAUCUGGGCGAUCCGCAAGGCCGAGUCCACCGCCUUGCUGACCGGUUAUCCACUGUGGCUGUUCACCCUAAUUCUCAAGCCGUUCAUCGCUUUUAUCAACGCUGUUUCGAACCUGAUGCUGCGCGGUUUCGGGCUCAAGGAUGACGGCGGCCAUGGCGACGAAGUCCACGACAUCGAGGAGCUGCGGGCGAUCCUGCGGGCGGCCUCGCACGCCGGCAACAUCACUAAGCGCCAAGAGGCCUUCGGUGACAAUAUCCUCGGGUUGGUCAAUCUGCGGGUGCGGCACAUCAUGCUGCCACGGGUCGACGUGGCCUAUGUCUCGACCCGACAGAGCGCCGAGGAGAACCUUGCGCUGAUCCGCAGCAGCCGGCACUCGCGGUUUCCGGUCGCCGAUCCAGACCUCGACCAGACCGUCGGCAUCGUCCACGCCAAAGACAUCCUAGGCUCGGUGCUGGAGGGUAAAGCAGCGCCUAGCCUGGUAGAACUGGCCAGGCCCAUCCCGUCGGGCGAGCGCACCCACUGCGCCAUGGUGGUCGACGAGCACGGCACCACCGUCGGCAUGGUGUUUCUAGAGGACGCUUUGGAAGAGAUCGUCGGUCCACUGCCCGACGAGUUCGACGAAAUGGCGCCGCUGACCCACGACACCGAGGACGACUCGAUCGAGAUGUCCGGCAACCUACCUUUGCCGGAGGCGGCCAAGCAUCUCGACCUGGAGCUGGGCACCGAGGAAGACACCGUGGCCGGCUACGUGGUGUCGCUGUUGGGACGCAUCCCCAAGGUCGGCGACUCGCUAGAGGUGCCGCCGUACCGGAUUCGGGUCUUGGCGAUGGUCAAGCGGCGGAUCUCGCGGGUCAGCUUCGAACGCCUGGACAACGAUCUGGAAGGCGAUGACAAGGGCGACGACCAAGGCCAGGGUGCGCACUCUUGA